AUGGCACUUAAUUUUGCUUAUGCUGGUCGUGUUUUAGUUGGUGUUGUUCUGGUUUGGCUACUUCUCAUUUUUUUCAUCGGUGGACCUCUCCUUAAACGAACUGAAGGCGAUUAUAGUUUAAUUAAUAGUGAAAAUGGUGAACUUAUCCUUGCUCGUCUUUCCAGAGCUUCAAGUGAAUUAGAUUCUUUGAGAGCACAGAAUGAAGAGCUUCGAAAUCUUCUUCAAAAUUACAUUCCAUUGGGUCUCCAGCUGAAUAAAGCAUCAGAUCUCCUAAAAGACGGUGGCCUUCCUGGUGAGGCUAACCUACCUAUUCCAGCAUCUCCAGUUUCAGCCUUAGCACCAUUGUCAUCUUCACCGUCUUCAUCUUCAUCCUCAAUCUCUUUAAAUUUAUUUGCAUCCGUACCGAAUCUCAAAUAUGAACAAGCCAGGAGACGUGUCUCCUAUUCUUACAAUGAACUUUGGUUUUUCUUAAAUGAUCAUUUCAAACAUAAUGUAUCUCUUCUCAAGUUUGUCAAUGAACAUCGUGCCAGUUUUAUGUAUGAUUUAGAAUCUCUGUCAGAUCGUGAUUACGAAUGGCGUAAAAAUGAAUUCAAAAAAUUAACCGAAUUGUUCACUAGUGUGGUUGAUAAACUACAAAACCCACCAAACUGCGCUACUGCUAAUAAGUUAGUUUGUCGUUUAAACAAGGGCUGUGGAUUUGGAUGUCAAAUGCAUCAUGUCUCAUAUUGUAUGGUUGUUGCUCUUGCUACAAAAAGAACUAUGAUUCUAGAUUCAAAUAAUUGGCGCUAUGCCCCAAAUCCUAAUGCUCAUGGCUCUAGAGAACCGUCAUGGAACUUGAUAUUUCAACCGCUGAGUAGAACAUGUACAACAGCUGAUGGUAAAACUCACAAACCUUGGUCUGAAGGUGUUACAGCUCAGGUCGUUGAUCUUCCAAUCAUUGAUUCUCUUCGACCGCGAAUGGAUUAUCUACCCCGAGCAAUUCCAGAGCAGAUUUCAGAGAAGCUCAUCACCUUGCAUGGCUCACCAAUUGUCUGGUUUAUGGGUCAAAUUCUUGGUUUCAUUAUGAGACCUUCUCAAGAGAUGAAAAAGUUUCUUGAAAAUGCGAAAAAAAGGUUUAAAUUCAGAAGUCCCAUAAUCGGUAUUCAUGUCCGUCGAACAGAUAAAGUUGGUACUGAAGCAUCGUACCACUCCUUAACAGAAUACAUGAAAUAUGCUGAACAAUAUUUUCAAAAUUUAGAGAUUUAUCAACAACGUUCUGGAAAGAACGAUAAAAUAGAAAGAUUAAUAUAUUUAGCUACAGAUGAUACAAAUAUAUGGCGCGAGGAAAUUAAACCUUUUGAAGAGAAAGGAUUUACUUUCAUCGGAGAUUCACAGAUUGCCCAAUCUGCUGGAUUGACGUCUCGUUAUUCUCUUGAUUCUCUUCGCAAUGUGAUAUUAGAUAUUUGGUUACUUAGUGAAAGUGAUCAUCUAGUUUGUACUUUUAGUUCUCAAGUUUGUCGAUUAGCUUAUGAAUUGAUGCAAACAAGAGGAUUGGAAAAUAAUAUUAAUAAUGAAAAGUCACGCAUCGAUUGGUAUGAUGCAUAUAAUUCACUUGAUGAUAUUUAUUAUUUUGGUGGCCAAAACGCUCACAAUCAAAUUGCAAUUUUAAAUCAUGACCCUGAACCAGGUCAAAUUCCCAUGAAGAUAGGAGACACAAUUGGCAUCGCUGGUAACCAUUGGAAUGGUUGGUCAAAGGGAUUAAAUCGUGUUAACGGUAAAACUGGUCUUUAUCCUGGUUUUAAAGCUGACGAAAAAAUAGACAUUGCCAAAUUUGAAGCUUUUGACAAUAUCGAUACAUAA